CAACUAAAGCAAGACCACAUAGUUAUGCAUAUAAAUGCCUCAUUUAGGAACAAGGAAUGAAGAAUAAGUAGAGCCGACAGAUAACCGAUCCACCAAAUUAGUUAGAACCACCGUAACAUUGGACACGUUCAAGUAUAUACAAGCGACUAAAAGAAGGCCACGUAGAUUUUUUCUCUCCAUGUCUUUUGAACAAAUAAAAAACUAUAUACGAAAAGAAACAUGCUGCAUACACAUAAAACCUCAACCAGACAUGGGGCAUGAAGAAUAAGUAGAGCCUACUAUUACUAUUUCUAGCUAGCAUCAUGGUAAUGUCUGCGCUACUGAAGUUCCUCUUCCCACCGCCGCCGUCUCUGGUGGUUUCAGCCUUGUCCGUGGUGAACCUGGUGUCGCUGACGAGCGGAGGGUUCUCGGAGAUGAGAGGGAAGCAUAUGAAUUAUUCCAAAUUCUGGAAUGCCACCACCGCCAACUCUGCUAAACAGAUCAAGCUGUCAAGCAGAGCUGCGAUGCUGAUGCUCUACACUCCCGCCUUUCUUGCCGGUGUCGCUUCGUUCUUCAUCUUCCCUAACGAGGGGCUCAGAUCUACCCUCCUCCAAUCUGCUCUCACCCUCCAUUUCUUCAAGAGAGACUUAGAGGUAUUGUUUGUCCACAAAUAUAGUGGCUACAUGUAUCUUGAUUCUGCAAUCCCCAUCACUCUGAGUUAUUUUAUAUCAGCUGCAACUAUGACCUAUAGUCAGCACCUAACGGUAACAGAGGGGCUUCCACAGCCACAAAUUGAUCUCAUGUACCCUGGGGUUGCGGUGUUCCUCAUUGGUAUCAUUGGAAACCUCUACCACCAUUAUCUCCUUUCGAAACUGCGAGGGGUGGGCGAAAAGGAGUACAAGAUUCCAAAGGGUGGCUUGUUUGGGCUUGUUAUAUGCCCUCAUUACCUCUUUGAAAUCACUAUGUUCUACGGGAUUUCAAUGAUUUCUCAGACUGUGUAUUCAUUGUGUUUUACCAUAGGCACCACUUUCUAUUUGGUUGGAAGGAGCUAUGCAACGAGGAAAUGGUAUCUCUCUAAGUUUGAAGAUUUCCCUAAAAAUGUUAAGGCUGUUAUCCCAUUUGUCUUCUAAAUGUUGCUAGGAACGGUUAAUUCAUGAAUGAAUUGCAGGUCUUAUGUUGGAUACAUUGCAACUACACUCUCUUCGGCUGAUCAAAUGUGUUUUGUUAAUUAGGUCUUAGUCAUAUAUUUUUUAUGUAUUUGAGGAUGUCUC